GAGUGAGUUGUUGUUUAUGUUUCUAAGACUGCAGGGUGGGAGAUGCAACAAUGGCCUUGAGAACAGCAGGAAGUGUGUUGGUGGUCUUUCUCUGGUCUGUGACAGUGGUACUGGGUCAGGAUGGCUGGAGUGUUACAUACACCACUCAGAGUAUCUGUGCCUUGAAGGGGUCAACAGUGGAUCUGUUCUGCUCUUACACAUAUCCCAGUGGUCAUAAAGUCACAACAACCUUCUGGUUCACUGAAAUUGUAAAUCUGAGAGACGACCCAGACAACAAAGGUCGUGUGACGUACCGUAGUGAUAGGAUGAAUGGCCACACCCUCAAAAUCACAGACCUGAGAGAGAGUGACUCAGCUGAGUACAAGUUCACAUUUAUAACAGAUCAGACUGGAGAGAAAUAUACUGGUGAUCCUGGAGUCACUUUGUCUGUUACAGACCUGCAGGUGAAGGUGACCACUACAUGGUGGUCAACUACACUGACCUGUAGCACCACCUGUACUCUGACUGGUAACCCCACCUACAUCUGGUACAGGAACAGUAAGAUUGUACAAGAGUUCUCCCCCUCGUACACAUUCUACUUUAAAACUGAAGACAGCUUCUACUGUGCUGUAAAAGGCAUCAAUUCUCCUGCAGUGUAUGGACCAAAGAAAACCUCAGUGUCAGUCAGUCCCUCUGGUGAAAUAGUGGAGGGCAGUUCAGUGACUCUGACCUGCAGCAGUGAUGCCAACCCACCUGUGGACAAAUACACCUGGUACAAGAAGAACGUAACCUCACCAAAAGCAUCAGGACAGAGUUACAGCAUCACUAACAUCAUCUCUGAGGACAGAGGAGAAUAUUACUGUGAGGCCCAGAAUACAAUAGCUUCUAAGAACUCUAUAGCUCAGAUGAUCAUUGUAGCAGGGAAACAGACCUCAGUUCUGACUGCAGCUGUAGGAAUCACAGUGUUUAUUCUGGUUCUCAUCCUCUUUCUCCCUUGCUUCAUGUGGUUCAGGAGAUCCACAGCAGGAAGUGAUGUCACAGCAGACACACAGAGUGUCCAUCCUGAUCCUAACAGGGACACGUACACAGCUCUGAACAUGAAGACCAGGUCACCAGAGUACGACACCCUGGCAAAUGUGAGGGACUCCUCUAGUGACACAGUCCCUCAGAUAGAUGCUGAGCCCUCAGAUUAUGACAACUGUAGAGAACCACCACAGAACCUGGACUGAAGAGAACGACCACAGAACCUGGACUGAAGAGAACGACCACAGAACCUGGACUGAAGAGAACCACCACAGAACCUGGACUGAAGAGAACAACCACAGAACCUGGAAUAAAGAGAACCACAACAGAACCUGGACUGAAGAGAACCACCACAGAACCUGGACUGAAGAGAACCACCACAGAACCUGGACUGAAGAGAACCACCACAGAACCUGGACUGAAGAGCUUCAGCACCAAACCAAAGCUAGGAUUUACACCUCUAUUCUCCUGCUAUCAUACUGCUAUCAGAUCUAGAAGGCUUUCCAGAUAAUGAGCUUUAACUUUUUUUUAAAUUAUGUCAUAAUUUUUAUUUUCUUGUAAAGUUAAGGAAAGGGAAAGGGGGAUACAUUUACAUUUACAUUUAAGUCAUUUAGCAGAUUGUACAACUGAAUGCAUUCAACUGAAAUGUCUCUUCCGCAUUUAACCCAACCCCUCCUAAACUUUAACUUCUGAGUAAAUGCUGGAGUUGAAUUAUCUUUCCUUGUAAUGAUAAUUGUGUAUAUUGAUGAGAAAUAAGAUCGAUUAUACUUCUGCUCUUUUUCAAUGAGAUUUGACCAUUUGUAGAUUCUCUGUAACACAUAAAGCUUCUCUGUUUACUCUCUGUAGAUUAAUAUUAUGUUUCUGCUCUUUUUCUAUGGGAUUUGCCUUUUCCAGAUUUUUACAACAAAAAUAGGCCGACAUUUCUCAGUGACUAAAAUUGAUAACAGCUUUUUAUUACUUCUAGCUCUUGGACCAGGUUUCUCCUAAUUAUUUACUUUGUAUUCCUGUCAGACAUUAUUGCACAUUUUAUAUUCACUAUUUUAGAUACAUUAAAUACGUUUACCUUUGCAGUUUUUACAAUUUGGUUUGGUGUCAAUACAGUAUAAGUCAAUACAGUAUAAGUCAAUACAGUAUAAGCGCCAAGUUGUAAAUAAGCUCAAAGUUUAGGACAAUAAAUAUAUUAAUUAGUUCAUAUUAAUAAGUUCAUUAACUAUUAAUACAUUGAUUCAUUGAUUCAUAACUAUUUCCAUUCUGCUGUUGUUUCUUGUAUUUCUGCGUAUUAGACACAUUGAACAGAACAACACCCAGCACUGAUCCUCAACAGUUACAUUCGCUUACGCACGCUAGUGGUGCGCGUGUCAGCUGUUUGUUAACCCGCAACCGUCCACAACUAAUAACCCACCUGCAACCGCCUGACUGUGUUAAAGUGAAACUCUGAGGCCUGCACCCAAACCUAACUCUAAAAUAUAGAAAAUACACUGUAGGCUACAGUCAAAGAUGGCAGAACACAUUUAUAUGUAUUUUGUUUUAACGGAGUGGCUGAUCUUUUUUUGCCUGAUUUAAUUAUGUUUCUGCUUAUAAUUUCGGACAUUUUGGUAGGCUAUUUGUUCGUCAACUUGUCUAUAACUUCUAGAUAUAUGUAGUUUCUCUUUUGUCAUGUUGCCCUAGAAGACUAAAGCCUAAACAGAAUAAUGUAAUUGAUCAAUAGAAGGAAUUCUUCAAUCUAGGUGACAUCUAAAGUUUAGGGACUGGGGAGAAACUACAAUAAUGCAAAAAACAGGAAAGAUAUUCUGUGAAAAAUGUCCAAAUGACAUCAGUUUGACCAGUUGUAAGGAAAAAGAGAGCUGUGACAACAUAGUAUAGACAGACUGUACUACCAGACCCCACCACAGGGGGCAUAGUAUAGACAGGCUGCACUACCAGUACCCACCACAGGGUGCAUAUAAUAUACAGACUGUACUACCAGACCCAACCACAGGGGAUAGAGUAUAGACAGGCUGUACUACCAGACCCCACCACAGGGGGCAUAGUAAAGACAAGCUGCACUACCAGACCCCAUCACAGGGAUCCUAGUAUUGACAGAAUGUACUACCUUUUUGGACAAUGCUAUUGGUUCCAUUGUACUUUUGGGACUUUGCUAUUGGUUCCAUUGUACUUUUGGGACACUGCUAUUGAUUUCAUUGUAUGUAUUUGGACUGUGCCUGCUGAUCGUCUUACUGCUCAGGGGGUGGUGCUGGAGAGCACCCAGACAGCUAGAUGCAGAGAACUCCUACCUCUUAACCCCCCUCCCCAGUCCCCCAAUAAGUCUCCACAGGGGUAAAGACACCUGUCUUUGUCAAAACAUCAACUAUCAUUAAUAAACAUAU